CUCUCUCUAUGAGGCGAACCGAGAUAACCUAACCUCGUAAGACGAUCUCGCGUUUCAAGGCCGCGAAAUAUUCUCCAUCUCCGACAAUUUACUCCGAUUACGCGCUCGCGUGCUAAUCACCCUACACAAGGCGAGAUAAGGCGAUAUACGAGACAAUACGAGAUACGAUAAUCGCGCUGGUCGCGUCCCUCGAGUAUUCCUUUGAGUUCUUCGAGGUCUUAACCUGCUCCACGAAGUCGAGGACUCCCUGAAAGGCGAGUCAUGUUCAGUCGUGUUCCCGAAAUUCGGAAAGUAGACCAGGUCGGAUGAAAACUCUCGAAUCGGUGUCACCAAAAAGAGAAGGUAAAGACGAGGUCCGAGUCUCGCUAUGAUAACACUCGACUCGGAGAGGAAGAAGAGGAGAAAAUGGUCCAUCAGAGGAUUCCUCCGGAGCAUUUCGACUGCUCAUACUAGUGGAAGUUCAUCGACAGAGGAAACUCCUCGGGUUAAAAAAUCUAUCUUACCCACUAAGAAGCACUCCGUCUAUCCAGAACCUUUCCUUGAUUCGCAAAGUACCGUGCUGUGCAAUGGUUCGGAGGCUGAUCAAGGCGAUGCCUGUGUGGAAAGCCCUCAAAGGUCUACAACUCGGUGUCGAAGGCCGGGGUGGCCUCGGAACAGCGAAAGCUCACUAGAUGGCCCCGUUAGGAGGAUCCGCAAGGAAAAGAUCAAAGCCAGGUCGGAGGCCAGGCGACAUCGACUCUGCGUGGACAGCAGCUCCGAAGAGGAGUCUUGUAAAUCAAACAAUUCGUUGACUAAACUGGGAGUGGAUAAUGGCCUGCAGAGGAACGAUUCCACUCACAGGAAGACGAGGUGUGCGCGAACAGAGAGAUACGUAAAACGCCUCUCUAGAAGCGAUUCCACUAGCGGAGAGACCUGUAACGAAACACCAUUAACCUCUCGUGUGGGACUCGUCAGUGCAGUGUAUUCAUGUAUUGAUAAAAAAUGUCAACCUCCUUUCGUCAAGACGCAAGAAUGUGUAUCGGCUUCACCGCUGCAGUUCACCGAUGAAAGUGUCUCUACGUAUUCAUUUCCUCUGCGUCCAAGGUCUUUCCAGAGUGAAGAAUGUGCUACGAGACAGUGUAGUGAUGCUUUUAACAGAUCGAAGCAAUUGUUCACAGGCUCCGGAAGGUUUUAUAAAAAUAACAGUCCCAAUGGAGAGGUUCCUCCUAGAAGCAUGUUGAGUACUAAUAGCAACGUUUAUCGAAGCCCAUCGGAAAGGAACCCUCCACCGAGAAGAGUGUCUCGAAGUGGUCAGUGUAAAUUUCCUAAAGAGUAUAGUUCCUUGGAGUUCGUUAACGGAUGUGAAAACUCUUCGCAGCAGAGCAGGAGGGAAGCAUACGACAGAACUUUUCAUCCGUUUGUCCAGAAGAAGGCAUUAUUAUCGGAGAAUCGAGCCUUGGUAAACAUACCCUCGGAGAAACAUGACAGCAAUGUAAACAGCAGAAGCAAUAAAGUGAAUUCGUGUUUGGAACUCUGGAACGCCUACGAUACAGAGAAACAGAAUACCAAAGAUAAACUGACUAACCCUACGAUCUACUCUAACUAUGGUUCGCUGCAGAGAGACCGAAGCACCAGGAUGGCUCCAAAGCUGAGUGACGUCAACUCUCCAGGGUGUCCACCAAGUCCUCCGAAGAGGCGUUACUCAUAUCCUUGUCUCUCUAGGGCGUUUAGUGACGUGAAAGUGGAAAUGAGUCCGAAGAGGGACUCAAAGAACCUGGAGGAGGCUCUGUCGGAGCUCGAGUCGAUAUAUAACAGUCUCUGCCUGGGGGACGACGAACUCCUGGACAGGGCUGAGCAGCGAAGCAUGGAGGAGUUCAAGAGGAAAGAAGUAAACAGUACUGCGUCAUACCCUAGGGGAAGCUCUUCGGAGAGCUCUUCGACAGGUUCUUCGAGGAUUGAUGAAGUGAAUCGAGCCCAGGGAUCCUGGCGUCCUGAUGUUCCUGACACUGUGCGUGAUGAUAUGGCGUAUCGGAGGAUGCAUCCUAAGGAGGGGCGCUCGCCGGCCGACACCCGGGAAUCCUUGUCCAGAAUCAGUUAUUUAUUUGCCUCGCCGAUGAUGCUGCGCAGGGAGGAAGGACGAGCGGAACCGAGGCUAGGGCGCAGAAUUGAGCCCGAUGUCGUCGGAGAUGAUGUGGCUUUUCGAAGCAUCCGACGUGCCAAUGAUAUGCUCCGGGUUGUUGAACCCCAACCUCCGUUUGGCAUCCCUUUAGGUCCUGUUACAGCUGCUCCGGAGAGCGAUUAUCUUCAUGCAAGCCCUCCUGCUCGCACCUCCCCCAGGUCGCCGUACAUCCCGCACUCCGCACCGGACGUCGUGGCCGACGACCUGGCCUUCCGGAGCCUCCGAAAGGAUGCACGACCAACAACAAUCGACAAACCUACAGAUUCCACUUUUGGAGUUAGGAAAAAGCGCGCUGUCAGGUCACUCUCGGCUAACCUCUACGCCUCGAUCAACAAGCUGCACCACCUGGAUCGCCCUGGAAAUCCGGAAUUAAACAAUUCCCCGCCCGAAGCGAACUUUCUCCCGGAUUUGGAGGUUAGGUCCGACACCAAGCAUUUCUCCAGUGAUACCGAGUCUCGCGAUGACCAUGGGAAGAGAUACAAGUGCCCUAACCUAGAUAUCAAUGGCAACCGGGCGGAUGAGUUUCUUCGUAAACGUGUCCAGGUUUAUGUUCCUCAAAAUUCCAUCGAAGAAAGGAAAUCAACAGUCCGAGACCCUUUCACAGAGGUUGAAGUGCUGAAAUGUAGGCAGCUCUGCGAGGAACUGGAGAGCCUCAUCGAACAGGCUAAUAAAGAGGUGGAGAAAAUGUCUCCUCCGGAAGCUAAAUUACCCCAAGUGAGGGAAAGAGAGUCGAAGCUCACAGAAAAAAAUAGUAGCGAUGAGAAACUUCCAUGUACCCAAACUGAAAAGAGCUCCGAUACCCAGUCUGUUUCGAAGAAAGCUGCUGAAAAGUGCUCGGAGGAUGUUACAGAGAAAAACUGCAUCGAAAAGACUCCUGAAUUUGGAGAGGAUUUCGCCAAGGAUGUGACAGAGGCCAGUCAGCUGGAGAAGAGCUUUGCAGAUGUCAUCGAGUCGAUUACUAUGUCACUUGCGGAGUAUGAAACGAUGAAGGGAAGUUCAAGUGUCGAUGCUACAGAAAAUCAGGAAGGGGGUUCUGCUGUCAGCCUGAAACAGCCUUCGGAGACUGUGUCUUCGCUUUCAGCUGAUGGGACUGAUAUUUUAUUGGUCUCUGAUAAAGAGGAACCUUCAAAAUGCUCUCGUCCUUACGAUGAGAACAUUCGACAGGUUAUGGAGUCCCUUAGCAGCAUGGUCGGCACGAUUGAUAAUAGUUUAAAUGAAGAACGUCGAACGAGCACCUGUACUUCUCUCGACAAAGAACAUCUUACGGAUAAACAAACUCUUACUACACUUAACCUAAGUAAUUCGACCGAAGAGAGAGAUAAACGUCAAGGAUCUCCUGCUCGUAACAUUGAAAGAUCUCAUGCCUCUUCAAGCAGUGAAGACGCAGCUAAACAAAUUAAGGAAAUGAAUGGUUUGUGGGAUACAACUUGUAAUUUGAAGGUUUCAGACACGAUUGAUGAUAGUUUAAACAAAGAACAUCGAACGAGCACGUUUAGUUCCCUCGAAAAAGAAUAUCUGACGGAUAAAAGUUAUCCUACUGCACUUAACCUAACUAAUUCGACCGAAGAGAGGAAUAAAUAUGAAGGGUCUCCUGUUUGUAAUAUAGAAAGAUCUCGUGCCACUUCGAGUAGUGAAGAUGCAGCUAAACAAAUUGAGGAAACAAAUGAUUUAUGGGAUACAACUUGUAAAUUAAAGGUUUCAGACACGAUUGACCCGAAAUCCUGUGAUGUGAGAAAUAUGGAAGAGACCGAAAGCAGUGACGAUCCUAUCGAUGCUGCCGAAGGAAGCCAGAGCUUCUCUUGGAGCUUUUCUGAGAACUCUAGCUUAAUGGAGGAGGAAAAUGAAGAAGAUGAAGCUCCUGUGUGUCCAGGUUUUAUAAUCAAUGCUUUUGUCACGAGAGUCUUGUGUCAUAUUUUGGCAAUUUUCCUUGUCAUUCCUCGUUUUCGCUACUUUUUUACCGACAUUAAAUAUUUCUUAGAAAUUCAACGAAAUUCGUGGAGAUACGUUUAUUUCAGCCUUAAUUUGGAAAACAGUGGAAUAAAAAUGAGGGAAUUCCUCAGAAAAGGCCAACAAGUUCUGAUCGUAGCAAAUCCAGAUGACAAUGGAAAUGAUUUUGAAGAGUUCGUACGAGACGUCAGGGAAGAAGUUAAGGAUACCGGUCAAGUCGUGCUCACAGAUUUGGAGAAGUUUAAAGCUUCUGAUUACGAGUCGAUCGAUAUAAUUUUAUCUGGGUGUUAUCGUCCGUUUCAUCACAACGAUGCUUUGCUGGAAGGAUAUCUGAAUGUUUUGAAACCUGGUGGCUCGAUCGUAAUUCAAGAACCGUGUACAACUACGGAAAGUCAAUCGUGUCAAAAACUUAUCAGUAAACUGAAGCUGGCCGGUUUCCUUCUCGAUGUUACUAAAUGCAAAAUGUUUGCCGAUCCGCAAACAUGCUGUAAUUCGAUUUCUAGGGGGGAAAAAUUGUUGGAAUAUUUGAAUCAUAAGUAUGGCACGAAAGUUCUAUGUCAACUGGAAGCGAAAAAGCCUGAAUACGAGAUCGGUUCAUCGGUAUCGCUUCCAUCCGUUAAACCUAAUCAGAAUGUGUGGAAGCUGGAGGACACCGUCGACGACGAUUUAAUUAACGAAGACAGUCUACUAGAUGAAGACGAUACCAAGAAACCCGAUGCUUCUACCUUAAGAGUCUGCGGUACCACCGGUAAAAGAAAAGCCUGCAAAGAUUGUUCUUGUGGCCUGGCGGAAGAAUUGAACCAAGAAAAGUCAUCGCAGAAAAUUGAGAAAUCAUCUUGUGGAAACUGUUAUCUGGGAGAUGCAUUCCGCUGUGCCUCCUGUCCUUACCUUGGAAUGCCAGCAUUUAAACCAGGUGAAAAAGUUCUCCUUCCGGAAGGCCAACUCAUGGUAGAAUGAACGUGAAAUGUAUUUUAAGUAUUAAGCGAACCGGUAUUAAAAAUUUACACCUUAGCGAAGUGGUCGAACAUCUUUUACCAUAACCUCCAUGAUACUGGAACUGAUUUAGCAUUCACUGUAUGUUCCAUUUUCUUGUGAAAACUUUGAGGAGUCCAGGAAAAUGCAAAAAAAGGUAUUUAGUUUCUUUUUUCUCUGGUCAUCGUUGGAAAAUGUGAUCGAUUUCUUAACCUGUGACGCCACAAUUUAAUAUGGCUGAUUUGUCAUUGUUAACCUCUCACGUGUUAAUAUACGUUUUUGCUUCUAAUUAUUGGGAUUAAAAUGCAAUGUACUUGUAAUUAAUAAUAAAUAAAAGUGGAAAA